AUGGCCCUGAUUGAAGGGGUGGGUGAUGAGGUGACCAUCCUUUUUGCGGUGCUUGCCUGCCUUCUGGUGCUGGCCCUCGCCUGGGUCUCAACGCACACCGCCGAGAGGGCCGACCCACUGCCCCAGCCGUCAGGGACCCCAACUUCAGCACAGCCCAGCAAAGCCAUGGCAGCCAUCAAUAGCAUCAGGGGGGCGGCCCCUGGAGCCGAGGCCCCCACCCUAAGACACAGAAGUCAAGCUGCACAGCCAGAGCCUGGUAUGGGGCUCCCAGCAACACCACAUCCACCAGACUCCCCACAGGAGCCCCUCUUGCUUCGGCUGAAAUUCCUGAAUGAUUCAGAGCAAGUGGCCAGGGCCUGGCCCCAGGACACCAUCGGCUCCUUGAAAAGGACCCAAUUUCCUGGCCGGGAACAGCAGGUGCGCCUCAUCUACCAAGGGCAACUUCUAGGAGAUGAUUCCCAAACCCUGGGCAGCCUUCACCUCCCUCCCAACUGUGUUCUCCAUUGCCACGUGUCCACACGGGUCGGUCCUCCAAAUCCUCCUUGCCCACCAGGAUCAGAAACAGGCCCUUCUGGGCUGGAAAUAGGCAGCUUACUGCUGCCCCUGCUACUUCUGAUGCUCCUACUACUCUGGUACUGCCAGAUACAGUAUCGGCCCUUCUUUCCCCUAACUGCCACACUAGGCCUAGCUGGCUUCACCUUGCUCCUCAGUCUCCUGGCCUUUGCCAUGUACCGCCCGUAG